UGUCCCGGUACUGGGAAGGGGGCAAGAUGGGCAGCGAGACCUCAAGCGCACCCCCGAGCCACCCCGCUCCACGGGCUCCGAUGCAGGCUGGCUGAGAAGGAACGAAGUCUCGAGAAAGGAAACGGCUGCCGCGGAGGAGGAGGAAGAAAAAAAGGGAAGAAGAAGCGGCGAGUCUCGGCUCCGGGCUCCCCAGUCAGCUCCGCAGCCUCGACGGCCGCCUGCCGCCGCUCAUUGGCAUCCGCGAGCGGGCCCAGGUGGCUGCGAACUGCGGCGUCGGGCUGAUUUGGGAUAAACAGGAUGCAUUGAUAAAUACAAUCCAAUUGUGUAACACAGAAACCCAGAGUGUACUCAUGAAGCAUCCUGCUACAUACUGGAGUCUGUUUCAGAAGUUUUAGAAACAGAACUCCUGGAAAUGCAUUGAUAAGAUGGCUGAACAAAGGCAGCGAGCUUUAUCUACAUCAGGAGAAGCACUGUAUGAAAUCCUGGGUCUUACGAAAGGGGCAGCCCGUGAUGAAAUUAAGAAAUGUUACAGGAAGCUGGCACUGAAAUAUCAUCCUGACAAGAACCCUGAUAACCCAGAAGCAGCAGAGAAGUUUAAAGAAAUCAAUAACGCUCAUGCAAUACUAACUGAUGUAUCCAAAAGAAACAUAUAUGAUCAGUAUGGAUCCUUAGGGCUGUACAUAGCCGAACAAUUUGGCGAAGAAAAUGUCAAUACAUAUUUCAUGCUUUCUAGCUGGUGGGCAAAGGGCCUGUUUGCUCUUUGUGGCCUUUUAACAGGCUGUUACUUCUGCUUCUGCCUUUGCUGCUGUUUCAACUGUUGUUGUGGCAAGUGUAAGCCCAAGCCACCGGAGGAGGAACCGGAAUUCUGCAUGUCUCCUGAAGACCUGGAAGAACAAAUUAAGACUGACAUGGAAAGAGAUGGGGAAACUCCAAUUCUACUUCAGCAAGUGACAAAUGCAAGUGAGAAAACUCAGCUUAUUGGAGACAGUCAUCGCAGCUACCAUACAGAUUCAUAAGAAAGAAGUCAUUGAAGUCUGGUUGGAUGUUACUGAAAAAAUUCUGAAUGGUAAACUUGCACAUAUGACACUAGAACUCUAACCUCAUCCUAUACUGAACCUCAUCCUAUACUGAACUCAGUGGUUGAUUACACACAAAGUGUCUGCUGCAUGGUGGAGGUGAGUGUCCGCUGAGGCAAGAUUUCUUGUACAGACAUGUUUC